CUUUUUGCUAGACCAACAACAAAAACCGUGAACAGUGAUUAUACAUAAACUAAUGCAUCUGUUCGAUUUGGACAUUUAUGUGCACGAAUAAAAUUGCAAAACCGGCAACAACAACAACAACAAUACUAAAGAAAAAAAAUAACAUCAUCAGCUAAACAACAAAAUCGGAUGCUAGUGCAAAAAGCAAAUGCAGGCAGCAAGAAUAAAAUAAUUUUAAAACGACGGUCGCUUAUAGUGCCGCCGCCAACAUGAAUACCAAUAAAGUGGUGCUUCUACGUCACGGUGAGAGUGAAUUUAAUAAAAUGAAUUUAUUUUGCGGUUGGCAUGAUAGUCCGCUCAGCGAGAAAGGUCUUGAGUAUGCUUCAAAGAUCGCUGUUGCCGGUUUGCGGAAACAUAAAAUGGAGUUCGAUUUGAUUUACACAUCUUUAUUGCUGCGUGCUCAUCAAACUGUGGAUGUCAUUGCCAAUGGUAUGAACUACUCCAACUUACCGGUGCGCUGUCAUUGGCGUCUAAACGAACGGCAUUACGGCAAUUUGACAGGUUACAACAAACGUGAAAUGGCUGAUAAAUUUGGCGAAGAGCAGAUACAAAUUUGGCGCCGUUCGUAUGAUGUACUCCCACCAAAAAUUGUGCCUGAAAAUCCUUUUUAUUGUAAAAUACGUAACAAUCCAAAAUUCAAAAAUAUACCGGAAGAUAUAUUUCCCGAUACUGAGUCACUGAAAGAGGUUAUUGCUCGCGUCCUACCCUUAUGGGAAUGUGAUAUCAUGAAGGAAGUAUUAAAAGGAUCCCGUGUAUUAGUUGUGGCUCAUGGUACUGUGGUGCGAGCACUUAUCAAGCAUAUAGACGGUAUUGGCGAAAAGGAAAUUACUGAACUUAAUAUACCAAACAGUGUUCCAUGUGUUUUUGAAUACGAUUUAAAAACGUGCAAACGAGUGAAUAAAAUGCAAUACCUAGCCGAUGAGGAGUAUGUGAAAAAGGAACAAGAAAAAGUUGCAAAAAUCGGAGAUUAUACGACGGGAAAGAUGAUAUGAAUACCUAUGCAAAAUGUACAUACAUAUAUAUAUUUUAUAAGAUACGACUUAUUUAUUUUUAUUUAAAGUUUACGAAUAAUUUCCGAU